CAUGCAUGAGUCACUUCCUCGAGUUUACUUCCAUAUUUGGCAGGAAGGGGCUGUCUUUAUUUGACUAGGGAGGAAAAUGGUGGAAAGGAGAGUCAGACGACUGCUGUAAACAGAAGGAUACCAACACUUUUAUAUCUGCCUCCAGACUCACUUUGCCUGAAUCUAAACACGGCAGGAGAAAAGCAGUCGUGAUGGCUAAUGCAGCACAAGUCAAGAAAACCGCAGUUAAGGUGCUAUGCUGUGUGGAGAAGGUGUCCUCCUUCGCCUCCUCCAUCGACCCCCUCUUUGGCAUAGUCUCAUCCCUGGUUGGGGUGGCUCGCAAGGGCCUGCUUCACGACGAGGAACACCCUCUGGACAAGGACUUCCAGGCGAUCAACACUAAACUACAGAGCAUUUCAGAAAAGAACCACCAAUGCCUGAGGAAGAUCCGUAUCGACGAGGUGAACGAAACCUAUGGCAAGUACGAGGAGUAUAUCAAGCACCAGUACGCUGCCUUCAACAUCAUGGUGGCACAGGUGAAGAAAGAUCCAGACAACACCCAGCGCCACAUGGAGACCUUUGAGAGGAUCUAUGAGAGAGACAAGAGCGACAUGAGCCUCGAUGUGUACUACCGCGGUGUGAUGGGUACCAAUUCGCUGUUUGGAAGAACCCUGCUGAAGGUGUACCUGGACAACUGCGACGGCGACCGCGAGAUCAUGGAGCGCCACUGUUCACACAUCGCCCACCUGUUCCACAUGGGCCUCAUCGCCCUCAUGGCCUACACAGCUGUUACAGAGGAUGACGAAGACGAGGUGCGGGAUAAGUGGGCCAAGAGGGUGGAGGACAUCCAGAAGAAAAUGCAGGAGGUGCUCAGUCAGUGCAAAGACAAGUCUACCUGAACUGGGACCAGCAGAAGGGACGUUGUCUAGGUUUGGUGGCAAUACCAGGGGACUCUCAGCUGUGGACCAAUAAAAUAAAUACAAACAUGUUAUAAUAUUAUGCUUCAAAGAGACCACUAUUUGUUUCAGCUGCUUUGUGUUACAGUGCAUGUCAAUAUAUGCUGAAGUUUUAUAUAAUAUGUUCAAUUAAAAUGUACACAUUAUUAGUUGAUGACGCUGUAUGUUUGUGAAAUCUGUUUCUUCUACGCUAAAACCAUCAAUCACAUUGAGCAAACUACCGCCCCUAGAUAGUCACAGGGUCUUAUUUGGGGCAGGGAGAACAAUACAAGCAAAGAAUUAGAACGGAAGUGCCCCCCUCAGGUGCAUUCACUUCACUAUAAUAAUAGGCUAAAUACUGCCUUCCUCCCUUUGUUCUAUCCUUGAUUCCAGCUGCUAUGUUGUACAUGUUCUAGCUUGACACCAUACAGACAUAAAGAAACCUACAAAGAAAUGAAAAUAAAACCAAAAUUCUCAGCAAACUGUA